UAACGUAACCUGUGGUGAAUUUGACGUAAACAAAGAAAAUGUCUGAUUAUGAUCGUAAUAAAUUUUAUCCAAAGAAACAAAUUUUUUCUACCAGACACACUACUACAUUUACAAGAGGUUUCUCUACUGUAAAGUCUGAAGGAAGCUAUUCAAAAUUCGGAAAAGAUUCAAGUUCUAAGGAUACAUCCAACGAGACUCCUAAAAAGCAACCUACUAUACUGAUAAAAACUAGAGAACCUACUGCUGAGGAUGUUGUAGCAUCUCCAAAACGGAUUCAGAAGGAAGAACCAGCUUCUAAUAUUACAAUUGUUCCGUCAGUAAAAGAAAACGAAGUACUAACUCCAACAUUGAAACAGAUGACAAAGUCGGCAAAAUUAAUAGAUGAAGGAAUAUUUAGCACAGAAUCUCUACAGGAGUACGUUCAAGAAAAUAACGAUUUUCUUGUUGUUGGGGUUAUAGGAUCACACGGGGUUGGUAAAUCGACUCUUCUCAACCUACUGAGCCACAAUGAAGUUACAGAGGAAAUAAAAAGAACAGUUUUUAAGUCGGCUAAGAAAGAUGUCGAAGAUGAUUUUGGUGAUAAUGUUAAAAUACUAACCGAACACUUUGAAAAGGUUGAUAUAAAAAACGGUGAGCUGGAAUGGACCGAAAUUUUUAAAAUACAAACUCUAGAGGAUACAGAAAGUAGUUGUAAUGCUACCCAAGGAAUAGAUUUUUUUAUUACAUCUAACAGAGUUAUGUUUUUGGAUUGCCAACCUUUUAUGUCUGUCUCGGUACUCGACGAUUUAAUCCAAAGUGAAAGUAAAAGAACAAAUUUAGUGAGCGAAUUUAUUCCUUUGGAAAACAGCGGUGAAAUUCAAAGUUUGCAAUUGACGGCUUUUUUGAUGUCUGUAUGUCACGUGCUUGUGGUGGUGCAAGAUUGGUUCUUUGACAGCAAUAUAGUUAGGUUUAUUCACACUGCCGAAAUGUUGAAACCAACAAUUUCCAAUCCGGAAGACGAGUUAAUAGAGCAUUUUCCUCAUCUGCUGCUGGUACACAAUAGAGCUCAAAUGGAGGACUUUACUCCGGCUAAAUUUAAAAUUAUGCAGCAGACAUACAAAAUGCUUUUUCACAAAACUAAGCUGCAGAUGAGAUCCAAUAUGGGCCUAGGAUCUGGUCGUAUUAUCAAUUAUUUAAACAAAGAAAAUUGUGGAAGCCCUAUAAACCUGUACCUGAUUCCGGAAAUCGAUUUAGACUCCAAAAUCAUGUACAGUGGACAUCCACCUAUAGAGGACUUAAUUAGGAGACUUAGGGCGAUUAUACUAGGCGCGACGAAAAAUCCGUUAACCCACAUACAACUAACGGAAAAGACUUGGCUCGUGUAUUGCUCCAAAGUAUGGGAUACGGUUAAGAAGAGUUCGUUCUUCGUCGAAUACACAAAACUAAUGCCGUAGAUCUGAUUUUCGCACAACGGAGGAAAUGGAAACAAACAGAUUUAUCAAAAAUGGCAGUAAGUGGUAAUUCAGGAAGUUCACGGCAAAGCGUGGAAUAUCCGCCUACGAUUUCGAUAGUUUACAAAAUGUUUCCACAGCUGGCAGAUUUUCCAUGCUAAGUCCUUUUAAAGGUUCAAGAUUGCAGGAAAAGGUGUAGUAGCAAUUUCCUACACUGUCGAUAACAAAUAGUGUAUGUUGUAAAAAUUGUAUGAGUUUUAUUAAACAUGAUUUUUUACAAUAUAUUUUUCUAGUACAUAACAAAUAUUUUAUAAAGGUCAUUACAAAAGGCUAAUAAAGGUGAAUACACAA